CGAGAAGAUGGCGACUUCGAACAAUCCGCGGAAAUUUAGCGAAAAGAUCGCACUGCAUAACCAAAAGCAGGCGGAGGAGACGGCGGCCUUCGAGGAGGUCAUGAAGGACUUAAGCCUGACGCGGGCCGCACGGCUUCAGCUCCAGAAGUCCCAGUACCUGCAGUUGGGCCCCAGCCGUGGCCAGUACUAUGGUGGGUCCCUCCCCAAUGUGAACCAGAUUGGGAGUGGUACCGUGGACCUGCCCUUCCAGCCUGGCGGAUUUCUGGGGGAGGCCCUGGCAGCGGCUCCUGUCUCUAUGACACCUUUCCAGUCCUCGGGCCUGGACACCAGCCGCACCACUCGGCACCAUGGGCUGGUGGACAGAGUAUACCGGGAGCGAGGCCGGCUCGGCUCCCCACACCGCAGGCCCCUGUCAGUGGACAAGCAUGGACGACAGGCUGACAGCUGCCCAUAUGGCACCGUGUACCUAUCGCCACCUGCGGACACCAGCUGGAGAAGGACCAAUUCUGACUCUGCCCUGCACCAGAGCACAAUGACGCCCGCCCAACCAGAGCCCUUCACAGGAGGGUCCCAGGACACGCACCAGAAAAGAGUGUUACUGCUAACAGUCCCGGGAAUGGAGGAGACCACAUCUGAGACAGACAAGAACCUUUCCAAGCAGGUGUGGGACACCAAGAAGACAGGGUCCAGGCCCAAGUCCUGUGAGGUUCCCGGAAUCAAUAUCUUCCCAUCUGCUGACCAGGAAAACACUACAGCCCUGAUCCCCGCCACCCACAACACAGGGGGCUCCCUGCCUGACCUGACCAACAUCCACUUCCCCUCACCCCUCCCGACCCCGCUGGACCCCGAGGAGCCCACCUUCCCCGCGCUCAGCAGCUCCAGCAGCACUGGCAACCUCGCCACCAACCUGACGCACCUGGGCAUCGGCGGUGCCCCCCAGGGGAUGAGCACGCCGGGCGCCUCUCCACAGCACCGGCCGGCCGGCGUGAGCCCGCUGUCCCUAAGCUCAGAGGCCAGGAGGCCACAGGCACAGCAGGUGUCGCCCAGCCUCUCCCCGCUGUCGCCCAUCACUCAGGCCGUGGCCAUGGAUGCCCUGUCUCUGGAGCAGCAGCUGCCCUACGCCUUCUUCACCCAGGCGGGCUCCCAGCAGCCGCCCCCGCAACCCCAGCCCCCACCACCACCACCACCCGCAUCCCAGCAGCAGCCACCCCCACCAUCCCCACAGGUGCCCGUGGGGCUUCCCCCGGGUGGCCCCCUGAUGCCGAGUGCCAGCCUGACACGGGGACCCCAGCUACCCCCGCUUGUGGUCACGGUACCGCCCUCUCUCCCUCAGUCACCCCCAGAGAACCCAGGCCAGCCACAGAUGGGGAUCGACAUCACCUCGGCCCCAGCUCUGCAGCAGUACCGCACGAGUGCUGGCUCCCCAGCCAACCAGUCUCCCACCUCUCCCGUCUCCAAUCAAGGCUUCUCCCCUGGGAGCUCCCCGCAACACUCCUCCACCCUGGGCGGCGUGUUUGGGGACUCGUACUAUGAGCAGCAGCUGGCGGCCAGGCAGGCCAAUGCUCUGUCCCAUCAGCUGGAGCAGUUCAACAUGCUGGAGAACGCCAUCAGCUCCAGCAGCCUGUACAGCCCGGGCUCGACACUCAACUACUCACAGGCAGCCAUGAUGGGCCUCACGGGUAGCCACGGGAGCCUGCCGGACACACAGCCGCUUGGCUACCCGAGCCACAGCAGCAUCCCCAACAUCAUCCUCACAGUGACAGGAGAGUCUCCUCCCAGCCUCUCUAAAGAACUGACCAGCUCAUUGGCCGGGGUCGGUGAUGUCAGUUUCGACUCGGACAACCAUUUCCCCUUGGACGAACUCAAGAUCGACCCCCUCACUCUGGAUGGGCUGCACAUGCUCAACGACCCUGACAUGGUCCUGGCUGACCCGGCCACUGAGGACACCUUCCGGAUGGAUCGGCUGUGAGCAGCACGCUGCCCCGCCAGGCAUUUGCCACCCCGCCGGUCAGUGGUCCCGACGGUGUCUCCCUGGGACGGCCGCUCCGUCCCUGCACACGGCCGCGCUUGUCAUUCUGAGCUUGCGAUGCUGCCAAGCGCCCCCGCCUGCCCACCCCGGUCGUCCGCCUCCUGCGAGGCUGCGCGUCGCCCCCGUGGACCCCCCUGCUCGCUGUUGCCCUUGCCUGGGCCAAAAGUUGUCCCCCGUGAGAUGCAGAACGUGUGUGGGCAGGGGCGCGUGAGCCGUGCCGCCGCUGGCGGAGGUGCAUUUUCCGACUGUUGUCAGCUGUCACUGCCUUCCUUGGUCCCAGCCCCCGCCCGUCCCCCCUUCCCCAGCCUGUGGUUAGGUGGAGAGCCAGCCCCACCCUGCCGAAGGGAGAAGGCGCCUGCGAUAGGGGGUGGCACCAAGCAAAAUAAACACUAUUUUGACUGCUGUCUUUUAUAUUUCUGAGCACACACGUGAUGUAGAAUCCGCCCUGGAGGCAAGGGCGAGGGCGAGAAGGAGCAUGCCGACAGCCACCCGGCCCCCGGCUGUACGCUAGCAGCCACCCCUUGCCACCAAAACACGUCCCUCACGGCCACUUUUCUGGGAACAUCCCAGCCAGCUAAAGGCCUGCUGGGGUUGCACGUGAAGGCAGGGGUUCUUUUGGGGUCUCACAACCCUGUUGCCAUUCCCUUCUCUGUACUGUGUCCCCUUACUGUUAUUUAAGGAAUGGGGGUGGGGAGGGUGGCCAGGGCUUUUUGUUUUUUUAUGUUUGUUCCUUUUGGUUUGUAUUGACAUUUUGGUUGUAGACAAGUACCUGAAUCCUUCAAGCCAAUACUUGCCUGAGAGCAUGUUUUUAUUCUGGAAAUCCUAUGUUAUAUAUUUUUUAAGCUCACUGGAAGCCGUUUGCUACCCAUCGGGUCUGAGCCGCGAAUCCAGCCUUCUGAGUUUUGCUCCAAGUUAUCUUAAAACAGAAGGGCCUGCGGGGUGGGCUAGGCUGGAACAGACAGAAGGUGGAGUGGCCAGAGAUACCGCCUCUCCAGCCACAUAACAGCGUCCAGAGAGGAGCCACGGCUUUUAUUAAGGGUCUUGGCAAGACCUGACUCUCCCUGGCCCUCCUGACUGUGACCUCCAGCCUUCAGGGUAUGGCCUCUCUGUCCUGUGGCACCCCAGAGGCAAGGCUGCCCCAUCAUGCCUGCCCCAAGAACCGGGGUUUGUCUUCUUCAUCACCCCUCCUUUGGCUCCUCCUGGCAGGACUGAUAUGAGGGAAAGAGCAACCUGCGUUUUUUCAUGGCGGGUUUCCAGGUGCUUUUCACCCCCAGGAGGCCUAGGUGACUGUUGUCUGCCAUCACAGGGGCCAUCGCUGUGCCCCCAGGCCCUGCAGGGCAGCUUCGUUUUCUGCCGGCUGCUUUGGAAUAGGAAUCUCCGUUUCAACCUGCCUGCCGGGCGGGCUGGCACCUGCGCUUGGUGCAUUUCUCCGUGGCCUCUCAGUCCGCCUCUGCUGGGGUCUUGGGAGCUGCGCCUCUGUCCGGGAGUCAUGUUUGGUCCCAAGACCAUCCCUGUUGAAGUUUGGCCAGGCUGUUAUUAGCACAUGGCCAGGUGGCCACCCAUAUGAGAAGACCCCUCCUCAGUCCCUUGGCCCCCCCCAUUGCCGUCUGGGCUGGGGGACACCAUGUUGGUCCGUCCAGGUUGAGGGCCCAUUUUCUUACCUGGCAGGGACCAGGGGCAAAGAGUGAGGACUUUUUUUUUUUUUUUUAAAGAAAACUACAUGUACAUAGAAGAGUUUGAUUACCAUUAGACUUGUAUGUAGAACUUUUUUUAAAAAAUGGCCUUAAUAAAAUUAUAAGCAACCUUCCUGGAUGCAAACUUUCAAGCAGGCAUUGGGAACUCGAGUGAGAGCCUGGUCAGCCCACUCUUCCCAGCCUUCCCCUCCACCCCUGCCAGGUCUACAUGCAGACAGGCAGGGGACUGGCUUUUCCUUCUCCAGGAGCUCCGUGACAUUGCAUUAACAUGGCAGUCUAUCAGUAGGUACAGAGAUUUCCCAGGGAGGGGUCUAGCUGGGAGCUAACAGCUUGGCAUCCCGGUACCCCAAAGGGGCCCCUCCCCUCCUGACCCUGGGCAGGUCUCUGGGGUCUGCAACAGGGAAUUUUGUUUUUUGUUUUUGUUUUUGUUUUCUUAAAUAUCACUUCUCUACUAAACAUUUUUGAAUUGCCAAGACUUUCUGGAACAAGACAGCCUAAGGGACUCGGCCCUUUGACUUGUGUGUGAAAUACUGUGAUUUCGGGCGAGCUGUGCUGUGGGGGCGGCUGGGCCCGAGUCGUGUAUAUAUAGACCCGCCGCCUGUGUUCUAGCUCGCUCGCUUGCUUGCUCGCUUGGGUAGGCCUGGAUACCUGGCCCACAUGAGGUCAGGGGUGGCCAGGCUGUCCCCACCCCCAGUCUCCAGUGGGAGUGCUUCUGGCUUUGGCUGGGAACCCUCAUAUGUGCAAAUCUUUCCUCAGAGAGUGUAAGCUGCCCAGCUGUUCCCUGCUACCUGAGUUUACCUCUGUCCUUCUAGUCCCGAGGGCAAUGAGUAUGUUCUGCCUCAAAGGCUUGAGGACUGAGAAUGGGGCCUGGGGCUAGUUCUUCUCCCAGAGGCUAGUUCUUCUCCUCGUCCUCUGGAAAGGAGGGUUUGUGCCCCUGAACACCCCCCACACACAGCUUUCAGAGUUGAUGUGGGAAGAAGGGGGCUGUCCAGCUGGACACCCAGGCCAACCUCCAUUCUUACAGUGCUUCUUGGGGCAUUCUGUGGGCCCUUCUUGCUCUCUGUGUUCUCAGUUCCCCACCAACACUUUGAGGCAGGUGACCCUGACACCCUCACUGGAAGGAGUGGGAACAGGUCAACCCUUCAGUAAAAGUUGGGGUCUUGCAGCCAGCAGCAUCCAGAGCAUCCCCUUUGUGGGGACAGUUCAUAGCAUUAGGGGCUUUUAGUGUGGUUUUUCAGCCCCUACCCCCAUUGUGGCUCACAGGGCCUUUCUAGGACCAUACCUGAGGGUGAGGGCAGGCUGGCGUGUCCAUGUCCUUUCCCCUGACACUACCCAGAGGUCUCCUGCUAGCCCAGCAGGUGUGCUUGAGCCAGCCCCCCUUGGAUGCUGGCAUCCGUGGCAGCCUCUGCUUGCAUCUAAUUGUGGAUUUUCCUGCCUGGGAAGGAGGUUUCUGAUGUUGGCCUGAUUUCUUCAGGCAGUCAAGUGCCUGGGAAGACACUGAGCCAGGGAUCCCAUCUUGUGGCCCAUGUGUUAUAGAGGGCAGGGGAGGAGGAUGGCUUUUGUCACACUCCAAGACCUUUGUGUGGCGGGCAAGAGACCCCAAGUCCAUCUGGCCUGCCAGCGAUGUGUGCUGGGUUUGGGGACUGUAUGCCAGGGACUGGCUGUUUGUGAUUGGGUAGAUGGGAGUAGGCAUGAGGCCUUUUUGGGACUGGGGAUAGGAAAGCACUUCCCUUCCCCAGACCUGCCCAUUUCCAACCUUGAGCUGGUUUAGAGUCAAACAUCCAUCUACCCUGCACUCUCAACUGAAUUCUGAGUUUCUGCAUUUCCAAAGAAGGUCUGGUGGUAUUGGGGGGACUCUGCCAAGGGCCCUAAACACCCCCCCCAGACAAAUGAACAACACCUGUCACCCUCCCUCAGUUUUGUGGGAGUCAUAAUCAGAGGCCUUGGGCAGGGACAGUGGAAUGUAAGCCACAAGGUCAAGGGUAUUAGAUCCCCUGCAAGGCCACCAGACCCUUCUCUGUGUGGCCUGGCUCACAGUGGGAAGUCUGGUCUGGGUGAGUAGACAGCUGGUCUGUUUCUUCUACUGUUCAUUUUGGAACCUUGUGGCCUGGGCCUCAGUUUCCUUCUUGUCAUUGGCUCAUAUCUGCAGGUUUUGGGGCCCCAGGAUCUUCCCAGGAAGGGUGGCAGGGACCAGAUGUCAGGGUGAUGCUGGCUUCAGAUAGCUCCCUCCGCUUGCUGCUCUCCUGGUGAGCCAAAUACCCUGUCCAGAGGAGCCAGGGAACAUGUGUCAUGUGUGGGUGGAGAGUUGCCCCCUUCUCACAGGGUUCGGCUUCUGGAAUUUUGGGGCAGUUAUUACCCAGCCCAGCUUAUCACUCUGACCUCUUGUCCACUGAGGACAAGGGGCCACAGCUGUGGCUUUCAUCAUCAGACCCUGGGAGGGGACGUAGGGAGGUCACUGGCCCCGCCGUGUUCUGCCCCCAACCCAAGGAAACUGUCCCUGAGGGACUUGGCGGCACCACUGAUAUAUGCAAACCCACCGGUCCAAGCCCUGCCCUGUCCUGCCUGUGUCCCUGUCCCCAGGCUGGCUCUGCCCCCCCGCCCCAGCAUGUAUACUGCUGUGGAUGUCCCGUGGACCGUUCGUGUGGCGCCCUCGGCGGGCGGGGGCGGGCAGCUCAGGGCCCUCUCGGCCGGCCCCUGCCCAUCCUCUCUGACGUGGACGCUUUUGUCUUUGUACCUUUGCAUCCUUUGUAAUGAAACGUAAUAAAA